UAGAAGAGCUAGGCUCCGGCGGAGCAGGCCUAGGGUUGGGUUACGCUGUGCGGUGUUCCCUGCUCCGUCGCUGGGCUGACGAAUACGUGGCCAGCCAAGUUGCCCGUCUUUGACCUUCACCGCCGGGCAGCCUUAGAUCAAGUGAUGCUGUUUGGAAAAAUUUCCCAGCAGUUGGGCGGCUUAAACUUAAAGAAACUCCCAUGGUCAUGUGACUCCAGAUACUUCUGGGGCUGGUUGAAUGCUGUGUUUAAUAAAGUGGAUCAUGAGCGCAUCAGGGCCGUUGGCCCCGACAGGGCGGCCUCUGAGUGGCUGCUGCGCUGUGGGGCGAUGGUGCGAUACCAGGGCCAGGAGAAGUGGCAGAAGGACUACAACCACCUCCCAACAGGCCCUCUGGAUAAAUACAAGAUUCAAGCGAUUGAUGCCACCCACUCUUGUAUCAUGAGCAUUGGAUUUGAUCACAUGGAGGGCCUACAGCAUGUUCAAAAAAUAAAGCUAUGCAAGUGUCAUUAUAUCGAGGAUGAGUGUUUGGAGAGGCUUAGUCAAAUUGAAAAUUUACAAAGAAGCAUGUUGGAAAUGGAAAUAAUUUCCUGUGGGAAUAUCACAGACAAAGGCAUCAUUGCUUUGCAUCACUUAAGAAACCUUAAGUAUUUGUUGUUACGUGAUCUUCCUGGAGUAAGAGAAAAAGAAAAACUUGUUCAAAUGUUUCAGACAACACUUCCUUCUCUGGAACUAAAAUUGGACUUGAAGUAAAA